GUUUGCUUCCGGGUGAGAGGUCGCCCGGUCGUCCCAGCAACCGAGGCCCGCACUGUCCUAGCGCCCAGCUCCCUCCAGCCUGCCAAGCUGGCGAGCCUAGGGGAAUCGCAGAGUCGCGAAAGCCUGUCCUACACGUCUCCCUCAACAUCAUCAGAAGUAUAUAAGAUAAAAUUCAUAUUUCCAAAUGGAGACACAUAUGAUGGUGACUGCACAAGAACUGCCUCUGGGAUCUGUGAAAGAAAUGGGACAGGCACCCACACCACACCUAACGGGACUGUCUACACAGGAAGCUGGAAAGAUGACAAGAUGAACGGCUUUGGAAGACUUGAACAUUUUUCGGGAGCUGUGUAUGAAGGACAGUUUAAGGACAACAUGUUUCAUGGACUGGGGACUUAUACAUUUCCAACUGGGGCAAAGUACACUGGAAAUUUCAAUGAAAAUAGGGUGGAAGGUGAGGGAGAAUACACUGACAUCCAAGGCCUGCAGUGGAGUGGUAACUUCCACUUCACAGCUGCCCCCGGCCUGAAACUGAAGCUCUACAUGUAGACCUGCUGCCUUAUUGCUGAGAUGUGGGCAGUGCAACUCCCCUUAGGCCAAGCAACUGAAUCUUCAGCUAAAGUGACCUGCCCUCCUCUGGAAGUCCAAUAAAGCUGUCAUGCACUUAU